UCAGUUGCUACCUUCUCCUCCUCCCCUUACCUGACCUGAGGCAGGCGGUAUUCCGACCGGCGCCAUCUCUCUCCUCUCCUCUACUCAACAUCUCAUCAUCUCCACUUCCCCCUCGCCCUCCCCGCCGUCCGUACACCGCGUCGCGUGGUGUGGCUAUUCCUGCGUGCGCGCCGCCGGAUCAGGGCCGGACCGGGCCGGGACUCUUGUGCAAAUCUGCGGGGUUGUGGGGCGCUUCCCUGCCAUGCUGCGGCGCGGCGGUGUCUGCCGAGCACGCCGGCCUGCUGCUGACCCGUGCCUGCCGCUCCCCGACGAGCGCCCACUCGUCGCCGUCUUCUCAUUCCUCUUUAUUCCUACAUAAAAAGGUGGGUUCUUGGGGGUGGUGGGUGCGUGCUUGAUCCGGGAGGGAUUUCUUGGUUCUUGUGUGCUUUGGGGGGUUGGGGAGGAUGAGCGAGGAGGAGGCGCAGAGGUAUGGCGGUGGCGGAGGCGGGGGAGGGAGGAGCGGCGUCGGGGCGCUGUCGCUGGACCUGCUGGGGCAGGUGCUCGACCGCCUGCGGGAGCCGCGGGACCGGAAGGCGUGCCGGCUCGUGUGCCGCGCCUUCGCGCGCGCCGAGGCCGCGCACCGCCGCGCGCUGCGGGUGCUCCGCCGCGAGCCGCUGCCCCGCCUGCUGCGCGCGCUCCCGGCGCUGGAGCGGCUCGACCUCUCCGCGUGCGCCUCGCUCGACGACGCGUCCCUCGCCGCCGCGCUGGCCGGCGCCGGCCCGGAUCUCGCCGCGCUCCGCCGGGUCUGCCUGGCGCGUGCCAGCGGCGUCGGGUGGCGCGGGCUCGACGCCCUUGUGUCCGCCUGCCCCAGGCUGGAGGCGGUCGAUCUGUCGCACUGCGUCGGCGCCGGCGACCGCGAGGCCGCCGCGCUGGCGGCGGCGACGGGGCUCAGGGAGCUGAGCCUGGAGAAGUGCCUCGGCGUCACGGACAUGGGGCUCGCCAAGGUGGUCGUCGGGUGCCCCAGGCUGGAGAAGCUGAGCCUGAAAUGGUGCCGCGAGAUCUCCGAUAUCGGCAUUGAUUUGCUCUCCAAGAAGUGCCAUCAGCUCCGGAGCCUCGACAUCUCCUACCUAAAGGUGGGAAAUGAAUCCCUUAGAUCAAUAUCCUCACUUGAGAAACUUGAGGAAUUGGCGAUGGUUUGCUGCUCAUGCAUAGAUGAUGAUGGCUUGGGAUUACUAAGCAAGGGGAGCAGCUCAUUGAAGAGAGUUGAUGUUUCAAGAUGUGAUCAUGUGACCUCCCAAGGAUUGGCUUCACUCCUAGAAGGUCACAAUUUUCUCCAGAAGUUAAAUGCUGCUGAUAGUUUGCAUGAGAUGGAGCAGUGUUUUCUGUCCAAUUUGGCGAAACUGAAGGAUACACUGACAGUACUGAGACUUGAUGGUCUUGAGGUCUCAGCCUCUGUUCUUCAGGCCAUUGGUGAAAGUUGUAACAACUUGACUGAGAUUGGCCUUAGCAAAUGCAACGGUGUUACAGAUGAAGGAAUCUCUUCACUUGUAGCUCCAUGCAGCCGCUUAAGGGUGAUUGAUCUCACAUGUUGUCAUCUCCUUACCAACAAGGCCCUUGAUUCAAUAGCUGCCAACUGUAAGAUGGUUGAAUGCCUUCGAUUGGAAUCCUGUUCCUCAAUAAGUGAGAAGGGACUGCAGCAGAUUGCAACCUACUGCCCCAUUCUUAAGGAGAUAGAUCUCACUGAUUGUGGAGUGAAUGAUGCAGCAUUGCAGCACUUGGCUGAGUGCUCUCAACUGCAAAUACUGAAAUUAGGCCUGUGCUCAAGUAUUUCUGACAAAGGCCUUGCUUUUAUCAGUUCAAGCUGUCGGAAGCUGAUUGAGCUUGAUCUCUAUCGCUGUAGCUCUAUUACUGAUGAUGGGCUGGCAGCUUUAGCUAAUGGCUGCAAGAAGAUUAAGAUGCUAAACCUGUGCUACUGCAACAAGAUAACUGAUAAUGGUUUAGUCCACCUAGGCUCCAUGGAGGAGCUCACAAACCUUGAACUGAGGUGCUUGGUCCGUAUUACCAGUAUUGGGAUUUCCUCGGUUGCUAUCGGCUGCAAGAACCUGAUAGAACUAGAUUUGAAGCGUUGCUACUCCAUUGAUGAUACUGGCCUGUGGGCUCUUGCCCGAUCUGCACUAAACCUUAGACAGCUUACUAUAUCGUACUGCCAAGUCACUGGGCUGGGCCUGUGCCACCUGAUGAGCUCCCUGAGGUGCCUCCAGGAUGUGAAGAUGGUGCACCUCUCGUGGGUCUCUAUAGAAGGGUUUGAGAUGGCGCUGCGGGCGGCUUGCGGGAGGCUGAAGAAACUGAAGAUGCUCAAUGGGUUGAAGGAUGUGCUGUCUCCUGAGCUGCUCCAGAUGCUGCAGGCCUCCGGCUGCCGCAUUCGCUGGGUCAACAAGCCUCUUGUCUACAAGGACUGAAACCCAUCCAUGCUCAUAUCGUCGUUUGUGCAGUGUUAAUACCCGCAGAUUAUGAGCCGUUGAGAGUUGAGACCUUACCAAGAAGUAUAGCAUGCUUGCGAGCCAUGUUGGAUGUCCGCAAUAAUUGACAAUUUUCAUACACAAGAUGUAAUAGUGAUGAUGGCGCCUGUGCCGUUUUUGUUUUGCACAACUCCUAGACGACUGAUGUUCAUCUUCUGUCAAACAUUUGCAAACCUGAGGUAUCGAAACAGUUAUCUUCUGAACAAGUGUUGUAGUUGUACCAGAUUGCAAUGAAAUGCUCUAUACAUUCUGAUAUCAGUAGGUGUAUGCAUUGUUUAGUCCAUUGUUUACUCGAAGCUUG